UUGCGGCGAACAUGCAUUUUUCUUUUAUUCAGUACCAACAAGAAAAACAAAAAAAGGUCGAGCGCAGGUGACGGAGGUGGGCACUCAAUUAUUCAAGGAGCGGAAUUACACUGCCGGAGACUGGCUUUCCUUUUUUGAUCCACCUUUGAUUUGACUCUCCUUGAUUUCUCUUGACCCAGCUCAGUCAGGUUGUCGCCGGCUAUUGUGGAUCUACUCUAGGAGCGGGGUAAUCAAGCGGUCUGCACAUGGUAGCCGUGCUUGUCGCCGGUCUCCGUGAACCACUGGAGGCCCUUGGUGACGAUGGGCAGGUCCGGCAGACUCUUGGGGUCCGUCCAGGCAGCUCCGUCAGCCAGAACCGAGAGAGCGCCGGUGUGUUUCAGGGCAUAGAAGAGAGUGGCGUCGUGCGAGGUGACGUAGCCGGUCUCGUUCUUUUGGGCGUCGCUGCCGAUGGUGACGAUUUGGACAUUCUCCUUGUUAAUUUUGAGUGUGGCUUGCUUGAGGAUCUCAUCGACGACGGCGUCCUCGGGAUCCUGGUUGUACUCCAGUUUGCGGACGGGCAGAGUGGGCUUGCCAUCCUUCUGGACAGUCAGGAUGCGGAUACCCUCGGCGGUCUUCUGGACAACGAAGAGUCCAACGUGGAGGGCUGAGGCGGACAGGCACAGUCAGAAUCAGCGACCAGUCGCUUCCACACACAGAAGCCAGAGCCAGAGCCAGAACCAGAGCCAGAACCAGAACCAGAGUCACAAAAUGACCGGAGCAGGUUGGUGGGAGCACCAAGGGAGAUCUGGCUCCCAGCCGCGUCCUCGUCCUCGUCCUCGUCCUCGUUCUCGUUCUCCUCUUCUGGCUCGUUUAGCUGUUGUGUGCGGGUGGAUCUGCAAUCCAAGUCUCGGGCAAGGAGGACUCAUCUCCCGCACAGAUCCGCCAGGACAGUCGCCUGUGUAUCGUUUCAGCGGGCAUUACCGGGGUUGCGAUAGACGGGCUCGCUGGCCGGAGGUGCCGGGGCGGCCUGAGGUUCGGCAGCGGGAGCAGCAGCAGAGGCGGACAUUUCGUUUUCAGCAGCAGUGUUUGAACGCUUGGGUUGGGAAGCACGAUGUCCAGAGAGUGCCCGCUUGAGCGCACCCCAGAGGGAUUUUACAGAUGAUUUAGUCGUGCUCAUGAUGAAGACGAAGGAGGACGAUGACGGAUCGAGCGACGGCGCGGAUGGAUGGAUGGGCAGCGCUUUCCGCAGAAGACGUGCAGAGGCCCAUGUUCAGUCCUUUAUACUCACAUUGGAGGGGUUGU